CUUUACAAUUUUAACAGUCACUUUUAACUCUCCAACUAAAAAAAUGGUAAUAAUUCACGUAAAAAACAAAGAUCAAUGCCAAUUUUUAUACGAAACUACCCUCGAUACAUCAAUUGACGAUUUGGUGGUUGAAAUCGUUGCUAUUUACAACGGAAGAUUAAAAAUCCAAAGAAUAUGUGCUGAAAUGGAGGAGUUAGCAAAAUACGGAACUUUAUAUCCCCCCGAAAUCUUGGGGUUAACUCCCGAACAAGUUGAAGAAUUAAAAUUGGUCGAUCACGAUGGUGAAAGAUGCAUACCAAGUGGUGGAUUUACCCUUGUUAAAGACCCAAUUGGUAGAAGAAACGGGAAACAGCCCAAAAAAGAUAUGCAAGAUCUCAUUAAAAAAAGUGUUAACGAAGCGAAAGAGAUGAUCUCGAAGAAAUUGGUUCUCCAAAAUGUUAUUAUGACGAAAAAAAUUAUUCAAAACGCUAUUGAUUUAUUAAAAGGAACGGUUUUAAUUGUGUACCCAAUGAAAUUGCCGGUUCACGAUGUUAUUAGAAUGGAGUUUGAUAACAUUGAAGAUUUAUCUGGAACUCAAGCUGCUUUAGAAGUCAUCGAUCCGGCUUCGGCUCAAAUUUGGUUUUGCGGAAAAGAAAUGUACCGAGAUAAAAAAUUUGUUCGUGAUUAUGUUGGAAAAUUCGAAAAUUGCAAAGUAAUAAUGAAAAUUUCAAAUCGCGGCGAAGGAGCGCCAAGUAGAGAACCGAUAAUGAAUGAGGAUCAAAGAAAACAAAUGAUGCUUCACGCUUAUCGAAAGCAAGAAGAGCUAAAAAAAUUAGCGAAUGAUGAUGAUGAUAGCUACUUAAAUUCGAGUUGGGCUGAUAGUGGGAAUUUAAAACGAGCUUUUCAUGGGUUGGAUAAUAUUUCUUGGAGACCGAGGAAAUGAAUUAAAAAAAAUAUUUCCAUUUAAAACGAUUUAUAUUUAUAUCUUAAUAGUUUUUUUUAAUGUUUUUUGUAAACAAUUUCAUUUAGUGUGAUUACACCAAUUAUAACAGAUCAAAGAUCCAAACCACUUAAAUCCUGAGUGUAUAUAAAAGUUGUCAAUAAAUAGUUUUAGUGAAUAUCGAGUUUUAUCUCAUCAAGAGAUGAAAUCAAUUAUUCUUUUGAUUUUGUUAGUUUGUUUUGUGAGUUGUUUUGCAGCUCCAACCCCAGAUCCUAAGCCUGACCCAUAUGUGGGGGUAAGUUAUGGUUAUUGGGGUUACCCCGGAUUAUAUGCAAGAGUUUGGUGGCCUUCUGGCUAUUGGCCGGAUGGAUAUGGAUAUGGUUAUUACCAUUAUUAUUAUUAAUACAAAAAUUUGUUAACACUACGAUGUAAAUAAAUCGUUUAAUUUCA